AUGGCAGGGUGCGUCGCUGCGCUCCGGGUCCGCAGCGCUCUGUCAGCUUCGCUGAGUGAGCCGGCCAGUGUAGCCAAGGCCAUACCAGUGCGGGCUGGGCUCGGCUGCGACGCAGACGGCGCCGGGGCGGCCGAGCGAGCGGCGGAGAUGGAGGCCCUGCGCGCGCAGAUUGCGCAGUUCCAGGGCGAGAUCCGCGCCGUCCAUGGCGAUGCCGCGCAGAGUUCCCAGCGAGACAUCACGCGGGCAGAGGAGCUCCGCCGGCUCCGGGCCGACGUCGAGAGGCUGAACAGCGAGAAGGAGACCCUGGAGCAGAGCUGCCAGCAGGCCGACAAGGAGAAGCAGGACCUCGUGGACAAUUUCUUGUACGUGAAGGGCUGUCUGGACAAGCUGCAGAUCGCCUCGCUCCAGACGGCGGCCGCGAACCCGGAGGUCGAGCGCGAGGUGGCGCAGCUGAAGGCCUCCUACGGGCAGGUCGUCGAGGAGAGGAAUCGCCUCGCCGCACGCCUGGAGGCCCUCGACAGGGACCGCGAGCAGCAGAAGCACCAGCGAGAGUCGGCCUUGGAGCGCGUCAUGUGCGCCAACGCGAGGCUGUUGGAAGAGCGCGACCGGCUGGAGAAGGAGAAGAAGCGCGUCUCCGAGCUCUAUCAGCGAACCAUGGGGGCGAUGGGGGCCGGGCCACAGGCCGCAGCCCCGCCGCCCGCGGCAGUCACCGACCCGCCGCGCUCGGCGACGGGCGGGUGCGGCUCGGCCGAAGAGUUCGAG